UGCACCGCGCGCACCGGUCACACCUGGGGCCGUGGCACGCGGCUCCGGGAGUCCGGCUGGAUGCGCGAGGGGCGCGGAGACAUGAGUCACUGGAUCCGUAGGAAGCGGCUCGUUUUGGGUCUGCUGAAGCCGGUGCUGAGUUUGUCCCUGGUCUUCGCAUCCUUCCUCAUGUUACACCGGCUCGCGGAGAAGGACGCAUUUGGGCUUAAAGCUGGCGGCCCCAGAGCCUGGUGCGGCUCGGACUGCUUCACAUUCAAACACAGUGUGAGCACAGAGGGACCCACGGAGCAGGGCGCACCGAGCUCACGGAACGGCACCCCAUCUUGGGACGCGCAGGUUCUGAACUGUAGUGAGGACGCGUCCGUGAGCUCUCAGGACUGGUUUCGCCGCUUGGACUCCAGGUUUCACCAGUUCGUUCUGCGGAAACACUGCCGUUACUUUCCGUUGCGUAUCAACCACCCAGAGAAGUGUACUCGCGGACACGUACACCUGCUCAUUGUGGUCAAGUCCGUGAUAGAGCAGCACGACCGGCGCGAGGCCGUGCGUCAAACCUGGGGCCGCGAGUACGAGACCGAGUCCGGCAGUGUCCGGACCGUGUUUCUUCUCGGGACGGCGUCCACGGGCAAGGACUCCCGGAAUCUGCAGCGGCUGCUGGAGUACGAGGACCGGCUGUACGGGGACAUUCUGCAGUGGGACUUUAUGGACACCUUCUUCAACCUGACCCUCAAAGAGGUCAACUUCCUCAAAUGGUUCAACAUCUACUGUCCACGCACGCGCUUCAUCUUCAAGGGGGACGAUGAUGUGUUUGUCAACACGCACAACCUGCUGGAGCUCAUCCGGUUCAGGACCGAGGAGCGGCGGGACGAGCGGCUCUUUGUGGGCGACAUCAUCUCCAAGGCGGCCCCGAUACGGAACCGUCAGAGCAAAUACUACAUCCCCAAAGAGCUGUACGACGGGCCAUACCCGCCGUACGCGGGCGGAGGGGGCUUCCUCAUGUCUGGGGCCCUGGCGCGCAACCUAUUCAGGGCCUCGGAAGCGGUGCAGCUGUACCCUAUAGAUGAUGUGUUUUUGGGCAUGUGUCUGCAGCGGCUGGGCACGGCCCCCGAGUCCCACGCGGGGUUCAGGACAUUCGGGGUGACGCGGCGGAGGCUCAGUCCCAUGAAUAGCGAGCCCUGCUUCUACAAACAACUUAUAGUGGUGCACAAACUGAGCCCGCACGAGCUGCUCCGCAUGUGGAACGUGACGCACGGGGACAGCUUGGUGUGCGCGCGCUCCUCCGCCAUAUGGACAUAGAACUGGCACGGAGCGUCAGUCCGGAGCGCACGGACACUGCAGUGGCUCUGGGACUAGAGCCGCAUUCACGGUGUCGGUUUGGAGGAGCUAUACGUGAACAUAGAUCGUGCGUAAUUGUGCCAAUGCGCGCACGUUGUCAGGAUAUUUCCGGAGAUGUUCCUACUCCACAGAGCUCCACUUUAGU